AUGCUUCUUAUUUACUCUACUCAGGUACGCAGUUCUCGUGAGAUGCUGGAUGAGUGUGCUCAACUUCUCGCCAUCUUGAUUAAUCCGUCGGCCCCUCGUUCAGCUGUACUAGCGACUACCACGGAGUCUGAUUCUCUGACCAGUAGUAGCGACCGCUCUUCCGAUGCUCGUUCUUGCUCCAAGUCACCGACAACCACGCCAAAGAUGCCUUCUGCCCAUUUCUCUUCUCUUUCACUCUCCUCUUCCCCAGCCCCUACCGUUGUUGAUGCCGGCUUAAAUUCUUUUUCAUCAAUCUCUACCCACGUGACUGAUUCCCCCCAGUUGCAGGCGGACCCGUCUAAAGCAUCCAACGCCAUUUCAAUCAACUCAGAAGUACAAUCUAAUUGUUCUGACGUGAACACUGGCGCAUCAAAAGUGCACAAGUCAAACUCAUCAAAAACGGGGAGUCUGAUGUCAUUUGUCGACACUAUUCGUACUGAAUUUGUUGAGCGAUCUGCUAAAAACGUAGACAGCAAUGGCUCCUCUGAUUGGCAUUGGCGUUCUGAUCAAAAAAGGACUGAAAAAAUGGCAUCUUGGGAUAGCCCAUUGGUGGCCAAUGGUAUGGAAAUAUUACAAUUUUUCUAUCCUAGUGACCUAAUGCAUUUUCGCUUAUGCUUUCCUGAAUUGAUGGAUGCAUUUUUAGGCACAUCAAAACAUUUACACUGGAAAUAUGCUUUUGACUUUGAAAGUAACUAG